CAGGAUGGAGAACUACUUCACAUGCUGAGGAGAGGUCAGGAUGGAGAACUACUUCACAUGGAUGAGGUGGUGAGGAGAGGUCAGGAUGGAGAACUACUUCACAUGGAUGAGGUGGUGAGGAGAGGUCAGGAUGGAGAACUACUUCACAUGCUGAGGAGAGGUCAGGAUGGAGAACUACUUCACAUGGAUGAGGUGGUGAGGAGAGGUCAGGAUGGAGAACUACUUCACAUGGAUGAGGUGGUGAGGAGAGGUCAGGAUGGAGAACUACUUCACAUGGAUGAGGUGGUGAGGAGAGGUCAGGGUGGAGAACUACUUCACAUGGAUGAGGUGGUGAGGAGAGGUCAGGGUGGAGAACUACUUCACAUGCUGAGGAGAGGUCAGGAUGGAGAACUACUUCACAUGCUGAGGAGAGGUCAGGAUGGAUAACUACUUCACAUGGAUGAGGUGGUGAGGAGAGGUCAGGAUGGAGAACUACUUCACAUGCUGAGGAGAGGUCAGGAUGGAGAACUACUUCACAUGGAUGAGGUGAUGAGGAGAGGUCAGGGUGGAGAACUACUUCACAUGGAUGAGGUGGUGAGGAGAGGUCAGGAUGGAGAACUACUUCACAUGGAUGAGGUGGUGAGGAGAGGUCAGGGUGGAGAACUACUUCACAUGGAUGAGGUGGUGAGGAGAGGUCAGGAUGGAGAACUACUUCACAUGGAUGAGGUGGUGAGGAGAGGUCAGGAUGGAGAACUACUUCACAUGCUGAGGAGAGGUCAGGAUGGAGAACUACUUCACAUGGAUGAGGUGGUGAGGAGAGGUCAGGAUGGAGAACUACUUCACAUGCUGAGGAGAGGUCAGGAUGGAGAACUACUUCACAUGGAUGAGGUGAUGAGGAGAGGUCAGGGUGGAGAACUACUUCACAUGGAUGAGGUGGUGAGGAGAGGUCAGGAUGGAGAACUACUUCACAUGGAUGAGGUGGUGAGGAGAGGUCAGGGUGGAUAACUACUUCACAUGGAUGAGGUGGUGAGGAGAGGUCAGGAUGGAGAACUACUUCACAUGGAUGAGGUGGUGAGGAGAGGUCAGGGUGGAGAACUACUUCACAUGGAUGAGGUGGUGAGGAGAGGUCAGGAUGGAGAACUACUUCACAUGCUGAGGAGAGGUCAGGAUGGAGAACUACUUCACAUGGAUGAGGUGGUGAGGAGAGGUCAGGAUGGAGAACUACUUCACAUGCUGAGGAGAGGUCAGGAUGGAGAACUACUUCACAUGGAUGAGGUGAUGAGGAGAGGUCAGGGUGGAGAACUACUUCACAUGGAUGAGGUGGUGAGGAGAGGUCAGGAUGGAGAACUACUUCACAUGGAUGAGGUGGUGAGGAGAGGUCAGGGUGGAUAACUACUUCACAUGGAUGAGGUGGUGAGGAGAGGUCAGGAUGGAGAACUACUUCACAUGGAUGAGGUGGUGAGGAGAGGUCAGGGUGGAGAACUACUUCACAUGGAUGAGGUGGU